AUGUCUCAGAGUUGCUCUCUUUAUCAUAUCCCAGCUCUCGUCUGCUGGUGCUUUUGCUUCUUCAAUUCAGUCACUUGCUUUCAAAAUGAAACUGACAGACUAGCUUUGAUAUCCUUCAAAAAUGCCAUUCAACAAGAUCCAUUUCAAGUCUUGAGUUCUUGGAAUGAUUCCUUGCAUUUCUGCAAUUGGCAUGUGGUAGGAUCACUAUCACCACAUAUUGGAAAUCUUUCUUUUCUCAAGCGGAUUGAUUUGAACAAUAAUAGCUUCUAUGGCCAAAUCCCACAAGAAAUGGUCCAUCUGCACCGUCUAGGCUAUUUAAUACUCAGCAACAACUCAUUCAGUGGGAAGAUACCAGCAAAUUUGUCAAGUUGCUCAAACCUUCUGGUUGUUGAUCUCAAUGUCAACAAGUUGCAGGGUAACAUCCCUUCUGAGCUGGGCUCUUUACUGAAACUUGAAGUUUUAAUUUUGGGUAAAAAUAAUCUCACAGGGAGGAUUCCUCCUUCCAUUGGAAAUCUCUCAUCUCUUUCACUAAUCUCUUUAACAACAAAUGAAUUGCAUGGACAGACACCAGAGGAAAUCUCUCGCCUUGGGAGCUUGAGAUUUUUUAUGUUUAGCGAGAAUAAUCUAACAGGUGAAAUUCCUCAAGGCCUCUUAAACAUUUCGAGCAUUGAUACACUAGUAGUUUAUGGUAAUCAAUUACAUGGCAGUAUCCCCUCCAAUAUAGGUCUCACUCUUCCCAAGCUGAAAGUCUUUUUACUUGGAUCUAAUAAGUUUACUGGACCUAUUCCAAUUUCACUGUUAAAUGCUUCCUCCCUUGAAAAUUUUGAUUUAGAUAGUAACCAUUUUACUGGUCCGGUUCCAAAGGAUCUUGGAAAGCUGUCAGAUCUUCAAUACAUAGAAUUUUCCUAUAAUCAACUAGAAGGUGACUUAGGUUUCAUUGUUUCUCUAACUAAUUGCUCCAAUUUUAAAGAGAUGAAUGUAGCAUUUAAUUUUCUUAGAGGGUCUCUACCCAAUUCCAUUGCAAAUCUCUCAAAAGAGUUGCAGAUUCUAACUGGAAAUCAGUUUCAAGGUACCAUUCCUAGUGGAGUCGAAAACCUCAUCAACCUGCAAAUUUUGUUUUUCUCAGGAAAUUAUCUAACUGGACCUAUUCAUAUUAAUUUUGAGAAAUUUCAACAGUUGGAAACACUGAGUUUGGAGAGCAACCAAUUAAUAGGGGCCAUACCAUCUUCAAUUGGUAAUUCAUCUAAGUUGAGUCGGCUCUCUCUAGCGUUCAAUAAUCUGAAGGGAAGCAUUCCUCCAAGUCUUGGUAAUUGUCACUAUUUGAUCCAGUUGGAUCUAUCACAUAAUGGUCUCAGUGGCUCAAUACCCAAACAGGUCAUUGGCCUUUUACCCAAACAGUCAUUGGCCUUUCAUCUCUUUCAGUUUCCCCUCGACUUAUCUUGCUAAUGCGCUUUAGUGGUUCCAUUCCAUUAGAAGUUGGUUUCUAUGCAAAAUCUUGGUCAAGUUUGGAUUUAUCGCACAAUAAAUUACAAUAAAUUAUCUGGCAUGAUUCCAAACACCAUUAGCAAGUGUUUGAUUUUAGAAGAGCUUCAUCUAGAGGGAAAUUCAUUUGAAGGGAAGAUACCUCAGUCAUUUAGUGCUUUACAAGGUUUAAGGAAGCUCGAUAUUUCAAGCAACAAUUUUUCAGGAGAAAUUAUGAAUUCAUUAGCCGACCUUAAAGAGUUGAACUAUUUGAAUCUAUCUUUCAACCAAAUCCAAGGAGAGGUUCCCAAACUUGGAGUUUUUCUAAAUUCAAGUGCAGUUUCACUACAAGGAAACAAUGGUCUUUGGAGGUAUUGCUGCUGUGGAGGUAUUGCUGAAUUAAAGCUUCCUUUUUGUCUUUCCCGCAACUCCGAGAAUAAAGUAUCGUUUGUGCUGAAAGUAACAAUCCCAGUGGUUGUCGCAACAUUUCUGUCUUUUCUGGUGUGUUUGUUAGUUAUUUGGUAUUGCAAAAGGAAAUCCAGAAAGAUGAGUCUUUCUAUACCAUCAUUUCAGUACCAAUUUCUGAGAAUAUCAUAUGCAGAACUCUUCAAAGCAACAAAUGGAUUCUCUCCAGAAUAUAUAAUUGGUGUUGGUAGCUAUGGCUCUGUCUAUAAAGGAUUUCUUGAGCAAGUAGGAACAGAAGUGGCAAUCAAAGUGUUAAAUCUGCAACGAAGAGGAGCUUCAAACAGUUUCAUGUCAGAAUGCCAAGCUCUCAAAAAUAUAAGGCAUCGAAAUCUUUUGAAGCUGCUCAGUGUUUGUUCUAGCAUUGACUUUGAAGGUAAUGAUUUUAAAGCUUUGAUCUAUAAAUUCAUGGCCAAUGGGAGCUUGGAGAAAUGGUUACAUGCACAGAAUGGAAUAGAAGGAGAAUCAAGAUAUCUGAAAUUAAUUGACAGAUUAAACAUAGCCAUUGAUAUUGCUACUGCAUUAGAGUAUCUCCAUAAUGGAAGCUCAACAGAAGCUCAACAACAAUUUCAUACAUGGUUGAUCUAAAGCCAAGUAAUGCUAUAUUGCGAGAUGACUGCUCAUAUUGGAGAUUUUGGGUUGGCUAAAAUUAUCUCCACAAUAUCUGAUGAGGUUCAACCCUAUCAGAGCAACAGCUCGUCAACUAUUAAAGGAUCUAUAGGCUAUAUUGCUCCAGACUAUGGAAUGGGUGGCAGAAUGUCAAUAGAGGGAGAUGUAUAUAGCUAUGGGAUUAUAUUAUUAGAAAUUUUUACAGGAAAAAAACCAACUGAUGAUGCUUUUAAAGAUGAUUUAAGUCUCCAUACUUUUGUUGAGGGAGCUUUGCCUUAUAGAAAGAUGGAUAUUGUGGAUCAAAGAAUUCUAUCUGAAGAGGGAAGAGGGAGUUUUGAGAAAGACAUCAUCAUUUCUAUACUAAAAAUUGGAGUUGCAUGCUCAAAGGAACAACCAGGAGAAAGGAUAGAAAUGCCAAAUGCAAUAGCUCAAUUGCGGAAGAUCAAGGGCAACUAUCUAAAGGCAAGGCUAAAGCAGGAGCGAAGGAAUGCCUACCAAAUUGGAGGUCCAAGUACUUCUCGCCAUUAGUAGUGGCUUUAUUUUAAAAUAUAAAAAAUGCGUAAUUUAAAUUUGUGAUGUGCAUGUUAAAUAAUGUCUACUUUCCAUCAUGUAUGAACUUCAAUAUGAUAUUAGAAAACUCCAUGUCAUAACUGUUGAAGAUGCGAGGAAUUUAAUCCUUUGAAUUAAAUUUUCAAACGCAAUGUUUGAAAUAUAAUAAAAUAAUUUGAUUUUAGUAAGCAAAA